AUGAGGGUGGAGCACUGCUACUUCUGCUCGGCGCCGUCGUACCCUGGGCGGGGCAUUACGUUUGUACGCAACGAUGCCAAGGUGUUCCGCUUCUGCAAGUCGAAAUGCCACAAGAACUUUAAGAUGAAGCGCAACCCGCGCAAGGUGCGCUGGACCAAGGCGUUCCGCAAGGCGCACGGCAAGGAAAUGACCGUCGAUACCACGCUCGAGUUCGAGAAGCGCCGCAACAUCCCUGUGCGCUACGACCGCGAGCUUGUGCAGGCGACGCUUGCUGCGAUGCAGCGCAUCCAGGAAAUCAAGGCGCGCCGCGAGCGUGCGUUUUACCGUGCGCGCAUGGCGAAGGCCGCGGGCGGCAGCGUCCAGGCCAAGGCCAAGGCCGUCGACCGCCUCGCCGUGCACCGGCACGAGCACCUGCGCCGUGCGAUCCAGGCCGAUGCCAAGCGCCCCAAGGUCAAGGUCGCCGCGCGCAAGAGCGCGCUGGUCCGCGCCGGCGACGACGGCCUCUCGAUGGGCAUGCACAUGGACUAG